UGUAGUGUGGCGGUCACUCGUUCUCGUGGUCCGUCCUUCGGCCCUCCCAUCCCAGAGGGCGUGUCCUUCCCAAAGUCCUCCACAUUCCGGGACUUCCUUUUGGCCAAAGUCAUCAACGCAGAGAACGCCGCCCACAAAUCUCACAAGUUCCGCGCCAUGGCGACACGGACACGUCAGGAGUACCUCAGAGAUCUGGCAGAGCGCAACACCACAUCGACCCCCAUCGACCCGUCCGGGAAAUUCCCCUUCAUCUCAUUGGCUCACAAGAAGAAGGAGAAGAGUCGUCCGUACGCGGGGGCGGAGCUUCGGAGCCUCGGCGCCGUCACGUGGGCGGUUCACGCCGAGGAUCAUGGAGCGGGAGGAGAGCUCGAAGCGCUAUUGGCUAUCUCCAACGACUUCCUCAUCCUAUUGGAUCAGGAGGCCAAGGCCGUGGUGUUUAACUGUGCUACUAAGGACGUGAUUGGCUGGACGCUGGGGAGUCCCGCCUCCAUGAGGAUCUUCUAUGAGAGAGGGGAGAGUGUGUCUCUGAGGUCUGUCAGUAACAACACAGAGGACUUCAGAGAGGUGGUGAAACGACUGGAGUACCUGACUAAGGGUUGUGAGACAUCUGAGAUGACACUACGUCGUAACGGGCUGGGCCAGCUGGGUUUCCAUGUCAACUACGAGGGCAUCGUGGCAGAGGUGGAAUCGUACGGGUACGCCUGGCAGGCCGGGCUGAGGCAGGGCAGCCGAUUGGUCGAAAUCUGCAAGGUUGCCGUGGCGACUCUGACCCACGAGCAGAUGAUCGACCUGCUGAGGACGUCGGUCACCGUCAGGGUGGUCAUCAUACCCCCGCACGAAGACGCUACGCCACGCAGAGGUUGCUCUGAGCUCUACCGUAUCCCAGUGGUUGAAUAUAAGGGGAGUGGUGAGAGUGGUUCGUUUGACUACAAGUUCCCGUUCCGCAGCAAAGACAACAAGUGGCAGAGAACCUCCAGUAGCCCCCAGCAGUCCCUGACGGCCUCCCCCCAGCCGCACACCCCCAACCGGGCCGUCAGCCUGGGGAGCUCUGGGGGGAAAACCCUGUCUGCUGAACGCCCAGAGAGAAACGCUGCUAUACCACGCAGUGUUAGUAGUGAUGGACGGCCGCUGGAUACCAAGAGAAUGUCUCCAGGCAGUGAGAACUAUGCUCCGGUCUCCUCUCUGGCACUGGGCCGUUCUCCUCACAACCGAUCUUCCCUGUCCAACCUCUCCUUCUCCAGUGACACCUCGCAGCAUUGGAGGACUCAGAAGUCCAUGCCCGAGGGGUUUGGAGAACACAGACAACACUCCCCUCUGUCUACAGAGCGACAGGUGGUAGGAGAAGGCGGGGCUAGUGGCAAGUCCACACCUAAUUGGCCGAGAGUGGAGGAAUUGGGCGGGACCGACAGAGGUUCUACAGAUGCUCCUGUGUCUAAGUGUGGUCCUGGGUCCUCCGGAGCACCACGCAUCCAGAGGCAGGAGCAGGUCAUGCACCACUCCCCCAAGAAGAGCUCCCAGCCUGAGGGUCCCUACUCCAGCAGUAACACCCUGUCCAGCACGGCCUCGAGCGGGGGCCACAGCGACACCGACAAGUGGUUCGACCUGGUGGGCCCCGGGGGACCAGGGGAGGCCCCUGACUCUGAACCCAACGGCCUGGGAGGGGGGUACCUCCAGGGGGCCUCAGCCGACAGCGGGAUAGACACCUCAUCCUACGGAGGAGGGGGUGGGGGCCACUCACACCCCCACCAGGAGAGUUCUAGUUCCCUCUUGGCUCCCGGGGGUAGAGAGGGGAGGGAUAGAGCUCCAUCCCCCUGGCAUAGCCCCACUGAGGGGGGCAGGAGGGUCCUGGAGAGGUCCUCCCCGGCUGCAGAGAGCUCACAACCCCCAGGGGAGAGGGGGGAGAGAGGAGAAGGGGCGACUAGGACUCCUACAUGCCUACUGGUUGGAGAUGGCAGCUCGUACAGUCCGACUGAUGCAGGAUCGCACUCCAGUUCCAGAGGCCACUCCCCUCGUGAGGACUCGUCUUCCUCGGCCACCUCCCUUGCUCCCAGACGGAGCCACCUCAAGUACCUCAUCGGCUGGAGGAAACCAGGAUCCACCAUCAACUCUGUCGACUUCGGAGACAACCGCAAGAAGUCUCCAGGGGAGGGAGGAGGAGGAGGAAGUGGAGGCGAGGGGAGUGGCGGCGGCGGAGGACGAGGGGGUCAGGAUGGGGGUAACAGCAGACCCCAUCACGCCCUCCAGCCACACCUCACCCACGCUAAGACCACCGCGGAGGACGACAUGAAGAGACUGAGUCCAGACAGCCCUCCCAAACACAGACGACACAAGGUCAAGGUCAAGUCCUCCUCCUCAGGCCAGCCCCCUAACCGUCGGUCUCUCCACCGCACCCUGUCUGAUGAGAGUAUCUACCGGGGCCAGCGUGUCCCCUCUCUGAGGCUGGGGGACCUAGAACCAGACCCUACCCUGGGUAGUGACGUGCUGUUCAGCUGCUCUACCCUGCCACGCUCUCCCACCACCCGCGGGGUGCUCAGACGACCCUCGUACAAACUGGGGAUCAAACUACACGGGGAUCUGUCUGCGUCUGACACGUCAUUGGCUGAGAUGGUUGAGCGACAGCGCCACCCCCUUCCCCAGGAGCUGAUGCCCCUCCCCCCCUCUGAGAGCAGGGACAGCCCCCUGGACUGGACCCACCUGGUGGAUGUGGCCAAUACCUUCGAAAUCCAGAGAGGGUUUGUGUUCAGUGAUUCUAACCACAGAGGUAGUGGAGCCUCCAGCCCUCACCAGUCACAGCCCAGCUUGGAACUACAGCCUGCCCCUCUGUCCAGACCAUCCUCCAGUGAGGGUCCAGCAGGUCUGGAGAGGAAUGUGACCAAGCUGGAAGCCGUGGUCAAGAUGCUACAGGAUGACUUGAAGAAGGAGCGUGAGGAGAAGCAGCGUCUCCAUCUGCAGA